ACUCACAAAGAUAAUUACUAAAUAGAUAGUGAACCACAACUGUUUAUUAUUUCGCAACAUACUAUACAACAUGAUAUACAAGUGACUUGUUCAAUAUAUCGAUUGUGGCCGCUAAAUUGUAAUUUGUAAUUAAUAAUGGAACUGAAUAAUAAUUUUUUUUUUAUUUAUUUCUCCGGUACAUUUUUAAUAGGCAUUAUUGCUGACGAAGUUUGCGAUAAAUCAAAAUGCCCUGGACCUCUUGCAUACUACGAGAGCUUAAAUUGUAAGCCAGUUUAUGAAUCAUCAGGCGAUUGUUGUGCUAUCAAGUAUGAUUGUAAUAAUUUGAAUGAAAGAUCUAAAAAAAAAUGUUAUGUCAAUAAUAAAACAUAUGAAAUUGGAGAUAAACUUAAAGAAGAAGAUGCGAACCCUUGCGAUGUCGGAUGUUCUUGUACAGAGGGACAUGAUGGCAUUGCAGUAUUUAAUUGUGCUACAGUAAAUUGUUUUCAAGGACCUGUAAAGCCUGGUUGUUAUCGUGAUAAUAGCCCUGUUGAAUGUUGCCCUGGCAAUGAAGCGUGUCCUGAGACUCCAAAAGAUAGAGUAACAUGUCAAGUUGAUGGUAAAGAAUAUAAAGAAGGUGAAUAUUUUGAAGUAGAAUCAGAUUCGGAUUUAAAUUGCGUUUGCCAUCCUGGAUACAAAGGACAAAAUGUUGAGCCUUUUUGUGUAAAACCUAAACAUCCUUAUUGUAGCCCCGAUUUCCGUCAUGCUUCCGAUGUUUUUAAUAAAUGUGCUCCGGUUUAUUAUAGUUCUCAAUCACCACAAACUAGCUGUAGCGUCUUUUCUAGAUGCCAAAACGACAAAGACGUUGUUAUCAAAAUGAAUUCAUCAAGUGAAGCCAAUCAAGAUUUUACUUGUGAAUUCGGUGACUUGAAAAUGAAUCAAGGAGAUGAACUUAAUCAAGCUACGGAUUAUAAUUCUGUGUGUGUAAAAUGUGUUUGUGAAGUGGGCCCUGUACCUACUUGCCAACGAUUACCUGAUGAUGAAUGUGACGUUACAAAGCAUCCACCUUUUGAUAAUAAUUACUGAUGAAGGCUAGAACACAUUAUUAAAAAUAAUAACAAUUGUAGCGAAAGACAAUUUUAAGUCGUAACUUCCUGAGUCGAAAUGUCAGGUCUGUUUUGAUCGUAUUUUUUCUCUAUAUAUUUCAGACACAUAUUUGACGAUUAAAACGGAUCUCUACUGCAUCUCUACUAGUGGAGUUUUGUCCACUUUUGACUGUUUUACGAUCAAACCAGGCUUGAAAUUAUAAUAAUGAUAAUAAUAACCAUUUUCAAAAGUAUCUAGCGAACGUGGGUUCGAAUCCCACAUAGAUUUUUUAAUUUUUUUUUCUUUCAUUUCAUAACAACCCGAGGAAAAUUAUUUUAUAAUUGACGAUUUAAUAAAUAGUUCUGGUAAAUGACUUUUACUAUACUCGUAAACG